AUGGACCCUCUCUCGGUCACGGCAAGCAUCAUCGCCGUGGGCACCGUCGCGGGCAAGAUAUGCUCUGCUUUCACUGAGCUGAGGUCUCUCUGCCGCAGCCUUCCCGGGCGCCUCCAUGCAUUGAACAAUGAAGUCGCUGAUCUCGAGAUCGUUCUCUUUGAGCUCGCUUCGCUCACAGAAAGGCGGACGGCGGUACUCGACAGUGAACGGAUGUCUCUUCAACACCUGGUGAAACAGGCAGAGGUCAAGCUGUUGGAGUUGCAAGAAAUUGUAGGCCGACUGCGAACGGCGUAUCGAGAUGCUGCGGUUCCAUUUGCUCUUGGAGCCUUUAGCAAGGAAAAGACCAGGCUCCAGGGGUUGCAGGAGGAAAUCAGGUCGGUCAAAUGUGAUUUGAACAUCAUGCUUGGUGCUUCGAACUCACAAGAUAUGACUGAUAUGCGUCUUCAGUUGGAGGCCAUAUCCAUUAUCACUAGGGAAUCUUCCCAAGAAAACAUUGCUUUGCAAGGCCAGCUGAUCAGCAGUCUUUCGCACGUAGACGAGCGGGUGGCUCGUGUUGAAGAGCUGCUACGUUCCCAGGCACAAAAAGUCAAGGAAGAACAGUUCACCCAAGUUGGACCGCUCUACAAUAUCAUUGCUGCGAGACGACACUCCCCCCAUCCAAGGAAAGCCCCUAUACCUAGAGAUGGUGGGUUAAGCACUUACAGUGGACCGGCUACUCCGUAUCGGGUUCGCUGUGCUCCAGCAUGUACGUGUGCCUGUCAUACACAGUUACGGAGGGCCUCGCUUGGCCUCUUUGAGCGAGUUCUAGGACAACUGUUUAUUGGAUGCUCGGGGAUCCCCUAUCUGUCACCGAGCUGCGAUGCUGAUACAUGUACCAAAUACCGUGCGAGUAAGAUCAGCAUGGAAUACUGGUUCCCCAUGGGACACAACUCAACCAUUCUCCGUAUGCAGGCAGGGUAUCAAGCCAAUACUGGUCUCCUUUUCCAGCUCCAGACUUUGAGAAGUGUUCCUGAUGACGCGCAGUGUGUGAAAUUUGCAUUGGCUGGGGAUAUAGAAGGUUUGAAGUAUCUCUUUGCCAAUGGCCUCGCUUCUCCGAGAGAUAUAAGUCCGGCAAGAGGCUACACCCUUCUUCGCUGGGCGCUUUACGGUAAGAAAUAUGCCACUUGCGAGUUUCUUCUCCAUGCAGGUGCAGAUCCGGACUACAGACCCAUAGCCAUGUCGGAUAACAGCCCUCGGAUGAAGGCCUGUCACUUUCUUCUUGAAGGAGGCCUCCCGGAGGAUGGCACUGAUGCAUUGCGGCUAAUUGUUCGAGGUGGUCAUUAUGAUGAUUUUAUCGACGAGUCAAACUUCACUCAGACACAUCGUAUUGUUCUUGGUUUGUCACUUCGGAGCUUAGAAGAAGAAGUAAAACUGCAUCCGGAAGAUAUCAAUGCUCAGGACUCUAUGGGCCGGACUCCAUUGGCUUGGGCGGCAGCACGAGGAGAUAGCCAUGCUGUUGUUACCCUGUUAAGCCACGGAGCUGAUCCAAACAUCAUAGAUGUACAGAUAUCCGGGCCAGUAUCAAAUGCAGCUGCUCGGGGCUAUACGGCCUGUGUUCGACUGUUACUUGAGGCUGGAGCCCAUCCAGACCCUCCAAUGCCUACGGGAGUGAAAAAAGGCUCCCCACUGAAUGUGGCAGCCCGCAAUGCUACUGAUAUCCUGCUACUGAAGAACCUGCUGGACUUUGGGGCCGACCCUGAUUCAAGUGGUACGGACGGAGACACGCCUCUAAUCCACGCUGCCCGGACUGAUAACUCUAGCUUUGCGUUACUGUUUCUUGAGUAUGGCGCAGAUAUCAACUGCAUCUCAAAAAAGGGAGCCACCCCUUUGACCACCGCCAUCACUUAUAACAGCCAUAAUGUCCUGUCAUUGAUUUUGGACAGGUGGCAUGAGUACUCGGACUGUCCACGUCUAAAAGCACCGGAUUUACUCCAGGCCGUGGCCUUGUAUGCAGAUGUUAAGACUAUGCAAAUCAUUUCGAGCAUGGAUCAUCUGCGAUCGAGGCAGGACAAGGAUUAUAUCAUUGGAGACUUUAGCAGCCGCUUACAUCAAAGGCCUGACCUGACAGAGGAGUUAACCAUUGCCUUUGGUAACCUGCUAGAUGCCAUCAACAACGUCAAUACCACGAAGCCGAAGUCUCGUAUCUGUCCGGAAAAGUUGCUCGAGGCUGGUUCAAUGCCGCCCCUGCUCACUAAUAAUCAGAUAUCCAGAGAAGAUUGUCAAGACAGCCCCAGCUCAGAAUCAGGAUGUUUCUUUUCCUGUCCUGGGUCGCCUGUUGGCUUUUUUGAUAUCAGUGAUGAGAAUGCUCCAAGCGCUUUCCCAGAUGACGUUGAGUCCCAACCAAAUCACCCGUGA